AUCACCGUCGACGGACAGCGCUCCCGAGGCAUCCGCACGCUGCAGCUGCACAGAAUCCCCGACAAAUCCUCAAUCAAAAUCCCUCUCUCCCGUUUUGAAUUUAAUUUUUUAUUUUCUGAAAUUUAUUACCAAAUUAAUCAGAUCAGAUAUAUAUAAUCACAACCACCAACCAUGUCGUGAAACCACUUUCAUUUCCAGAACACCACUACAUAUAUAAACAAGAAUUCCUUACGGCUCGACGAUCUGAAUUCUCAACUCUGCUCUGCGCGUCUGCCCCCUUCUCUUCUGGAGAGAGAGAGAGAGAGAGAGAGAGAGAGAUGGCGAGUGGAGGAUAUGGAGACGCCAGCCAGAAGAUCGACUACGUGUUCAAGGUGGUGCUGAUCGGCGACUCUGCCGUCGGGAAGUCGCAGAUUCUUGCUCGGUUCGCUCGGAACGAGUUCAGCCUUGACUCCAAGGCCACCAUAGGGGUUGAGUUCCAGACUCGAACCCUAGUCAUCCAGCACAAGUCCGUCAAGGCUCAGAUCUGGGAUACAGCCGGUCAAGAACGAUAUAGAGCAGUUACUAGUGCGUACUACAGGGGUGCUGUUGGGGCUAUGUUGGUGUAUGACAUAACCAAGCGCCAGACUUUUGAUCACAUACCCCGUUGGCUGGAGGAGUUACGUGCCCAUGCUGACAAGAACAUUGUCAUCAUUCUGAUUGGAAACAAAACUGAUCUUGAAGACCAACGCGCUGUCACCACCGAGGAUGCAAAAGAAUUUGCAGAGAAGGAAGGUUUGUUCUUCUUGGAGACCUCGGCAUUGGAAGCAACAAACGUGGAGAAUGCAUUCAUGACGGUGUUGACAGAGAUAUUCAACAUUGUGAACAAGAAGAAUCUAGUGGCAAGCGAGGAUCAAGCUAAUGGCAACCCAGGAUCCCUGGCCGGCAAGAAGAUUAUAAUCCCUGGCCCUGCACAAGAGAUUCCGGCAAAGAGCAAGAUGUGCUGUACAUCAUAGAAUUUUGGGCUUACAAAUCCCUGCAGGAGGCUUAGAUGUUUGUUUGGUGUUGCUUGUAAUUGUUGAUCAUUUGGGCAUGUAUUGUAUAUCUUUCUUUGCAAUAUAUAUGUUUUGGGAGGGUAAAGAGAAGGCGAGGAUUGAGACUGGUGGCAAAUUGUCCUUUCCUACUUACUAGUGCGGAUGGUCUUCCAACGUUCUUUUUUUGUCCUUUGUGUUUUUUUGACUGCGCAUAUCCCCUUCAGGAUCUAUUUUUAUAGCUCGAGUCUUCAAUUUAUUUAGGGGUAUUCGCAUUAUUAAUUUCUUUUUCACUUCA